CGGGUGUCCUCGCCUCUCCGUGCCCUGCACCGCGCCGCGCCGCCCGGGCAUCAGUUCUUUGGAUUUGAUCCUUGAAUACUAAACAUCAUGAGCAACUACAGCGUGUCUUUGGUCGGCCCGGCUCCUUGGGGUUUCAGACUUCAAGGAGGCAAGGAUUUCAACGUGCCUCUGUCUAUCUCUCGGCUUAAUGAUGGUGGCAAGGCAGCCCGAGCACACGUGGGGAUAGGUGAUGUGGUUCUCACCAUCGAUGGGAUAAGCACGGACGGGAUGACUCAUCUAGAAGCACAAAACAAGAUCAAGGCAUGUACAGGCAAUUUGAACAUGACUCUGCAAAGAGUGGCUUCUGUACCAAAACCUGAUGUUAUUCAUGUACCAAAGGGAGAACCUACAGAAGUAGUUAAGCCUGUGCCCAUUGCCUCUGCUGUUGCACCCAAAGUCACUGCCACGGCGAGCGUGGCUUACAAUAAGACACCGAGGCCAUUUGGAGCCGUAACCUCCUCCAAAGUCACCUCCAUCCCAUCACCGUCCUCCGCCUUCACCCCGGCCCAGGUGGCGGCUCCGUCCCCGGCGGCUGCCGCCCCGGCCCCAUUUGCUGCGCCCGGACUGCAUGUUAACGCCAAGCCUAACGCUGAGCAGCGGUCGCCUGCGCCGAGCGCUGCUAAACCUGCAGUUAAUGUCCCACGGCAGCCCGCCGCGCACAAUGCCGCCCCGAGCGCCUCUGCCGGCGACGGCGCCCAGGAUGUAGCCGAGGGGCCACGACGAGGAUUCAGAGAAAACCAGGGGGAGAGUAAACAGCAAAAUGGGAAAAACCCACCCAAACGCCCCCCGCGGAAGCACAUUGUGGAUACCUACACAGAGUUUUACCACACACCCACCCACAGCGAUGCCAGCAAGAAGCGACUGAUUGAAGAUACCGAAGACUGGCAUCCCCGGACAGGCACCACCCAGUCCCGCUCUUUCCGCAUCCUUGCCCAAAUCACCGGCACUGAUCAUAUGAAAGAACCAGAACGUGAAGGUGCAAAGAAGACUAAUGAUUCCCUGGAGGCUACCCAGCCUGCUGCUUUUACGGCCACCUCGGCAAGGAGCAUGCCUGCCCACCAAGAAAACGCGGACGUGAGACCUGCUCCUGCCAACACCACGUCUGCUGCAGCCCUCAAGCCAACAGGACCCCCGGGUGCUGCCAAGUACUCGGGCUGGCAGCCUGCAAACCAAGCAGCUCCUGCCACUGGAUGGACAUCAAACAGUAUUAAACCACCUGGAACAACUGCCCCGAGUGAAAAAUUUGCGACAGCACCUCAGCUAAAUGAGCAAGACACGUUGGUUCAGAGGGCAGAGCAUAUUCCAGCAGGAAAGCGUACUCCCAUGUGUGCGCACUGUAAUCAAGUCAUUAGAGGACCCUUCUUGGUGGCUUUGGGGAAGUCAUGGCAUCCAGAGGAGUUUAAUUGUGCUCAUUGCAAAACCUCCAUGGCUUACAUUGGAUUUGUGGAAGAGAAAGGAGCACUGUAUUGCGAGGUCUGCUAUGAGAAGUUCUUCGCUCCUGAGUGUUCAAAAUGCCAGAGGAAGAUCCUUGGGGAAGUAAUAAAUGCUUUGAAACAAACUUGGCACGUUUCCUGCUUUGUGUGUGUGGCCUGUCAUAACCCCAUCCGCAAUAAUGUCUUCCACUUAGAAGAUGGUGAUCCCUAUUGUGAGACGGAUUACUAUGCCCUCUUCGGUACUAUGUGCCAUGGCUGUGAAUUCCCCAUUGAAGCUGGAGAUAGGUUUCUUGAAGCUCUGGGCCACACUUGGCAUGACACUUGCUUUGUAUGCUCAGUAUGUAGUGACAGUUUGGAGGGUCAAACUUUCUUCUCCAAGAAGGACAAGCCACUGUGCAAGAAACAUGCUCACUCUAUCAACAUCUGAUGCUUGGAGCUCAUCUUGUGUAACAAAUGUACUGAGCAGAAAGAAAAGUUAAAAUGUCUGUGUUCAAUAAUUGGUUAAAAUUAUUUAUAUAUGAUUUUCUAGAAUGGAAGAGAAAUGUGGAAAUUUGCGGAGGGGGUUGUACACUAAUUUUUAGAGCGUUUAUCAGUUAGGGUUUUGCUUCAUAAAAAGAUAGGAAUCAGGAAUUGCACCCAAGCCAAACGAUUAGAGUGCCUUUACCUCUACACUUGGCACAUUACUGUAUUGGUUUCGUGAUUUUAUGACCACAUUUAUAUCUGCUUCAGUAUGAGAAGUGAAACGUCUAUGAAAAUAAAUACCUGAUAUUAGAAGUAUUGGUUUUGCUGCUAUUCAACAAAUAAAAGGAGAUUGGCUUCAGUGAUCCAGAUCACUUUAUUGCGCUGAUGUUUUUUAAAGUGUGUUCAGAAGUAUUGCAGCUAAACUCCAUUAAAAGGAACUCAAAGCAAAGAUAAGAUUACAUGGAAUAUGUAGUUCAACAACUGAUGUUUUUAUCUGGUACUCAUACACAUGAAGCUUCCUGCACAAUUACAUGUACCUGUGCCUUUGCAGUUCAAUCUCUGAUGGGUCUGCAAAGGACAGAGACUUUUUUACAAAGCAGUUAAGUGGGGCGGUGGCUAUGCUGGUGAACAAGAAUAGUUUAGAAGAUGCCACUUAGAAGAAGACAUAAAUAGGAUAUUCUUCCUUAACUCAUGUACUACCAGAACACUAGCCAAAAAUACCUGCUAGUGAAGGUGUGUUUGACAAGAUGGAAAUGUCAAAUCAGAUCUUAAAAAUAAGGGAGCAGGGAGUUACGCUCUUAUGUUCGCACUUCAGGUUUUAGAUAGUUUUAAAUGCCUUGGAAAGGGGAAAUUGCACUGAAUCUGCAGGUAACAGUGUUUUAUAUCCAGAAUGUGAGACUCUGGUGCUGAAUGAGGGAAACUGCUGAAGUGCAACUGAGGACAUUGUUUUUCUCUCAGUACAUUCUUCACCAUGUAGCUCAUGAAUAUAUAUAUUGGUGGUGUGCCAGGUAGUGUACCGAAAACUUACUUUCUUGCUCAGCUGUUAUGAUUUUUAUUAGUUUAAGUUUUAUUUCUCUCUUUUGCUCCAGAUGUAGGGAAUAUAUUGUUGAAUAAUAUAAUAUUGAGUUAGGCAGCUCAGUAUCUCUCAGUUCUUGCAAAGGAGCAGAGAGACAAUGCUGUCAUUAUGUAUUUACUGCGAGCCAGGAGACGUAGCCAAUUCUGUGGCUUGACAUGAAUUUCGCCUCCAUACAGAGAGUCAGCACAAGACCGGUGCACCAGCUAAGUCCCACUUAACUUCAAAUUAGGGCUUAAGUGGUAUGGAGCAAUUGUAUGGAAAUAGGGAAGAGUUGGUAACCCUCUGCACGGGGUGAAUUUCGCUCCAGCAGAGUUGCACAACAGAGAAGGGGGCCCUCUCAGGGCCAGAUCAGAUUCCUGAAGGAAACUGAAUUUACAUGCUAUUUAAUUCAACUGGGAUGUCAGAGCUGAAUUGUUAGUCUUUAGUGUUCUUUCCAGUAGACAUUAAAAGUAACCAUGUACUGGUAUUGUUGUUGGUUUUUUUUGGUUUGUUUUUUUUUUUUUUUACUAAUACGAAGGACAGGUUUAUCCAUAAAACCAUGGGGAAAGUCACAAAAAAUUGCCGUGGUUGAGUAAAGCAAUUGUAACAAGGAACGUCAACAAAACAGGGGGAAAGAAAACCAAAAUUGCUGUACUGAAAUAUGAAAAGAUAUUUGCCUUUCUUAUUAAUUCAUCAAGACAGGUUCACGUUGUGGGGCUGUUUCACUUUAUUUCCUGAAGUUGUUUUUCUUCAGUGCUACCACGUUUCUUUUUUUAACUUCUGGUGGUACGGAAGAAAUGGCAUAAAGCUGUUUAAAAUGUUUACACUCUUGUAGAUGUACCCUUUUGUGAGUUUGGCUGAAAAUCAGAAGGGUAGAAGCAGACUGGACAAGAUACGGUAAUAUAUGAGCCUGGUUGCUUUUGAAAUUAAGUGGAAUGUGGAGAAAUGAGACCUAGAGACUAGGUUUCAGUGGAGCUAUGUUGCACAUGCGUGAGGAAAGAGGAUGGGAAUGCAUAGGAUACGGCGUUCAGUAAUUUCUGCAGUUCAAACCUCACUAUUUUAAAGUAGCAUAGAAACUUUUCAGUUUGUCGUUGUCCUUAAAAUCAAAUUGAAUUUUGUUUAGUUUCAUAAUUUUAAUUGGAAUUAUAUUUCUUAAUCCAUGUGCUCUAGGGUUUGACAUUUUGGAGUUGUUAAUGAAUUUGAGGACAAAACCCUGAAAGGCUUCAAUAGUACUGCUUCAUUUAGCUGCUUUGCCUUUUAAUUUCUGCUUUUAUCUAUUUGUUUAAAAUUUAAAAGGAAGCAUAGAGUCACUGAUACAUGAUGAAUAUUUAAUGGCUCUACCAAAUUAUAUAAAUCAACUAAAAGGAACGUAAUUUUUAUCGGUAUUUUAAUAACUGAGAUUUUAGUAGAGCACUUUAUAAUAAUGCCAUAUAUCUCACAGAAUAUUUAUUAUCUUUUUUUGUUUAGGACUAUUUCAUACUGGUAUCUUUGUAUUUUGUUUUAUUUGUAAGCCUGCAUAUUUACCUCUAGAAUCUUUUGGUGUGUGAGUGUGUGUACGUGUUUCUAUAUACUUCUCUAUAGACGCACACAUAUGUGUGUACAUUGAGAGACAUACGUAUAUAUGCACAUAUACAUACGUAUAUUUGACUGCAGACUUGACAUAGCAAAAAUCAGCACCGUUCCAUCAUAAUUUGGGGAUUUCGUGAGAUUCCCAACUAUUUUUCAUACAACACAUGUAUAGCAUUCGUGUUUUGAGGGAAUGUUAGAAAGUCAGGAGAAACAUGUUAGUAACCUAACUACUGUAGUUUUUUGCAUGCAUUUUCAGUCAGUAAUUAUUUUUCUUCCAAAACUGCCUGUAAGAGAAUCGGGUUUAACUCUGUUCGAAGGUAGAAGGUCUUUAUAAGUGAAUAAUUGAAUCAUGAUAACAGUUUCAGUAUCUUGUAACUAAAUAAUUCAGAAUUAUGUGUAAAUAUAAAUGCUUAAUAUAACAAUGCAAUAAACUUAAAAGCAAAAGUUGA